UGUUUGCCAGUCACAACAAUUAAAGAUGGAAAGACGUUUAUUGCAAGAAAUAAACGAGUGUCGUUUACCACGAGCAGCACGUUUUAUAAUGACCCUUUCGGUUCAUCACAGUUUGGUUUUUCUCAAGACAUACCUCCCUUUGUUUCCCAGUCGGAAGGUUUCGCGUCCGGAGAAGAAAGCUUGCAAGAAUCUACUCCCUUAAAUUUAGAAGAGCGUGAGAAUUUAUUUCAAGCACAUUCAGAAACUGACUUUGUUCCUGAAGAGAAUUUAAUGGAGAAAGAAUCAUCGACACCAAAUAUCGAAUUGGCUAUUGCGGAAGAACCUUCCACACCAACUCCAGCAGACUCAAACUCAGAGGCUAGAAUUAGACCAGAAAUUAUCCCGCCCAAAAAGGAAUAUACUUUUAGCCGCGGGAUAGGUUCGGGAAAUUUUCAAAAAUUAGUCGAUGGUAUUGAUGAACAUGGUGAAAAUUGGGAACUUAUAUCAAAAGAAGUUUUUAAUGAUGAUGUUCAUCCAGGUCAAUUGAAAUCUUUUUGGAAUUAUAUGAUGGCCAAACAUAAGAAUUCAACUAUAUCAUCCAGUAGAGUGUAUCCUUUCUGGACCACAAAAGAAACCGAAAAACUUAUUAACGCAGUAGAUUUACAUGGUGAAGAAUGGGAGAAAAUUUCAAUUGAAAUAUUCAAUAAAAAAAGAUCUUUGAUGCAAUGCAAAAACAGGUGGCUUAGAUUACAAGAAAGACAAACUCAAGGGGAGCGGCUUAAGCCUUUUAAAAAGCCCUCGAGGACCUGGGGUGAUAAAUUGAAGGAGACAUCCCUAUGGAUGACAAAACCUAAUCAAGUAUCACCAGAAUUGGGCGAUGUUCUCAAAGAGCAAUGUGCAUACUUUGUUCGGGCGUUAGGACAGCAGUUUGUGAAGCUCGAUAUAAAUUUUGUCAAUCCUCGGGAAUUUCCGUGGACCAGAAAAGAAAAUGACACCCUAUUCGAUCUUAUUAAAAAACAUGGAUUUGACUGGGGCGAAAUUUCAAAAUCUAUUCCAAAUCGAUCAAUUGAGAGUAUACGUGAAAGAGCUAGCAGUGUAACUUUAUGGACUAAAGAAGAGGUAGCAAAAUUCGAAGAAGCUUAUGACUUAUAUCAAAGCGAUUGGGCUCAAGUAUCCAACUAUAUUAAGACAAAGACACCUGGGCUAUGUUGGUCAUAUUGGAGAACAAUUACGGGUGCUGAUUUAUUAGAACAAAAUAAAACCAAAAAAUUUGAUACAAGUUUUCAUCGCGCCGAAAUCAACGUAACAUUCACAGAUUUUACAACCACCAAAUUAUCUUUUAUCCGUCAUAACACAAAUGACGCUUAUGUGCUGAAAAAUUGA